AUGAUCGAUAUCGAUGAGAGUGAUUCUGAUCACAGUGAAAUUGAUGUAGGAGAAAAUUUAAAUGAUUUGUUAACAUCCAACAAACCAUUGAUAAAUCAUAAACGACAACGAACGCAUAUCAAUGGAUCAUCAAAAACAUUCUGCGAAACCGUUGCUGAUAAAGACACACAAGAUAUUCCCACCUACUUGUUACCAACAAAUCAACAAUUUGAACAAAUGAUUCAAAACGUAACUCAUAAUACUAUGACUUGUUCUAUAAAUAUCGAUGAAUUACGACACGUAGCUAUUCUUAUACAUCAUUCGAUGACAAGUGAUUUAAAAAGAACACUGUGGACGACAUUUUUAAAGUCUGGUACAGGUCUGUUAAAGACAAAACAACAACAACAACAACAACAAGAAUCAAAUGGUCCAAAAAUGUGGCCAUCAUUAUUAAAAUCCAUGAUUAAAUCAUGCAGUCAUAUUGAUCAUACGGAGAAAGAUGUAACCGAUGAAAUUUGUUUAAACAUUGUUCAGACUCAACUACGACGAUUAGAAUAUCAGUAUGAAUAUUAUCAGAAUGAGCUUAAGGAAAAGAUAAAACCUCUAUCUAAUUAUGAAAUCACUAUUGCACCGAUACUUCAAACAUUUAUCCAACAAAAUCUUCAAUCAUUACAGAUUGCCUAUGAAUUUGCCAUAGAAUUUAUUGGUUAUGAAUAUGAAGAUCAACGACUUGCAUUUCAAAUUAAACAACAACAAAAACUAAAUGAUCAUCAAAUACAAUUCAUUGAAAAUCUCUGUUCUCAUAAAUAUGAAUCUGAAAAAAGUCAACAAGAAGUCAAACUAUUUCAAAAAUAUCUAGAAGAAAAAAAAUUACCCGCUUCGUUCAAUUCGAUUCACAUACCACUUCCAUCAUUUAUUCAAACACUUGAUGAUUCUAGUGUUCGUCAAUAUUUAAUUCAUCGACAUCAACAAAUAAUUCAUCGAUAUAAAAAUGACAUGAUUACUAUCUAUCGCAAUAUAUCUCAAGUAUAUAUGUGUGAUGCACAAAAAAUAUUCGAUGAUAGUAUGGCUAAACUCUGGCGAGAACAACAUUCCCUACCAAUCGAUCAACAAUUUCAUUCUGUGAUAUUAAAUUUAAUUGAACAACGUUUAACGAAUAUUACUGACAAAGUACAAUCCAUGUAUCGAUAUAAACUAUAUCCAUUAUGUGGCAAAAUUUCGUCUUUUUAA